AUGACCAUGACCAUGAAGAAGCCUAUGAAGUACGUCGUGUCUUUCUCAAGAUCAUUGAAUGUUGCUAUAAAACAGGCUGAUGCAUUCACUGAUUCAGCCUUCAAGGGGAACCAAGCAGCAGUGUGCUUUCUUGAUGUAGAGAACGAGAGAGAUGACUCUUGGCUUCAGUCUCUCGCUUCUGAAUUCAACCUUCCCAUGACUUGUUUUCUUAUUCCGGUCACCGGAACCAAUCCUCUGGAUCCCCCACGCUUCAUACUCCGUUGGUUCACCCGCUUCGUCGAGAUGGAUAUUUGUGGUCUUGCAACGUUAGCAUCUGCUCACACUCUCUUCUCAAACGGUUUGGUCGGUUCCUCUGACACAGUCGAGUUUGCCACCCACUCUGGGAUUCUAACUGCUAAAAGGGUUCCAGAAACUCUGGAGUUCGAAGCCACCAUUGUUGACAUCAAAGGAACUACAACAGCUAUCACCGUCUCCAAAGCCUUGAAUGGAGUUGCCAAAGCAGCUUCAACGGAUAAAAUCAUCGUUGUGCUUCCAUCUUGGGAAGCUGUCACAGAACUAGAGCCAAGAAUGGAUGAGAUCUCGAAAUGUCCCGGUAAAAUGAUAAUCGUUACAGCUUCUGCUCCUCAAGGAUCUGCCUAUGAUUUUGUUAGUAGGGUCUUCGGCCCCAAGAUAGGAGUCGAUGAGGUAUCUGUUUGUGGAAGUGCACAUUGUGCAUUAGCACAUUACUGGAGUCUCAAGAUGAACAAGUGUGACUUUGUCACGGGUAAAGCUUCGUAUAGGAGUGGAAAACUCAAACUUCAUUUUGAUAAGGAGAAGGAGAGAGUCUUGCUCACUGGCAAAGCUGUGACUGUUAUGAAAGGCUCUGUCUUGGUUGAUGCAUUCACUGAGACAGCCUUCAAGGGGAACCAAGCAGCAGUGUGCUUUCUUGAUGAAAACCAUGAGAGAGACGACUCUUGGCUUCAGUCUCUUGCUGCUGAGUUUGACCUUCCGUUGACUUGCUUUCUUGUCCCCAUCACCGGCUCUGAUCCACCACGCUUCCUUCUCCGGUGGUUCACCUCCGUAGCCGAGAUGGAUAUAUGUGGUCAUGCAACAUUAGCAUCUGCUCACUGUAUCUUCUCAAACAGUUCUUAUGGCACGGUCGAGUUUUCCACCCACUCGGGGAUUCUAACUGCUAAGAGGUUGGAUGAUUGUGGAGCGGAAGGAUCUUUCUUGAUCGAAGUGAACUUCCCUGUGAUUGAAACUUGUGACCACAGCUCCAAUGAUGUCUCCAUGAUCUCAAAAGCCUUGAACGGUGCUGCCAUUGUUGAUGUCAGAGGAACUACAACAGAUAAACUCGUUUUUAAACCCUUGAAAGGAUCUUCCAAAUCAACUUCAACAGAUCAAAUCAUGGUUGUUCUUUCAUCUUGGGAAUCUGUCACUCAAUUGCAGCCAAGAAUUGAUGAUCUUAUGAAAUGUCCUGGAAAAGUGAUGAUUGUUACAGCUGCUGCUCCUGAAGGAUCUGCUUUUGAUUUCUGCAGUCGACUCUUUGCUCCUAAAUUAGGGCUCAAUGAGGACUCUGUAUGUGGAAGUGCUCAUUGUUCAUUAGCACAUUACUGGAGCCUCAAGAUGAACAAGUCUGAUUUCGUCGCCUACGCAGCUUCGCAGAGGAGUGGAACAGUGAAGGUUCGUUAUGAUAAGGAGAAACAGAGAGUUUUGCUCACUGGCAAAGCUGUAACUGUCAUGAAAGGCUAUGUCUUGGUGUAA